UGUUGAACCAUCUGCACACAUUUGUGACUGAGCAACUGGGUAUAAAUAAAGCUGAUUUCAAGCAAUGAUCUGUGUAUUAUACCAACAAGUAUUACAGCCUGCUUAGUUGAAUUGUGGUUCACUUGGACUUCGUCAGCAUGUGGAUUUCUGCAGCAUUCCUUCUUUUUGCACUGGUUGUAAAUGGAGUCAAGUCUGAAGUUUUAAGAUGCCCCGUGGACUGGGAGAAAUUUGGAACAAAAUGCUUUAAAUAUUUCAGCGACUUAAAGCCAUGGUAUGAAGCAGAAAAACACUGUAUUGACCUUGGAGGAAACCUUGCAUCUGUCCACAAUCAACCCACUAACGAUUUCCUAAAAACCCUUGUGAAAAAAUAUGGUAAUAGCUUCCCCCAAACCUGGAUUGGUGCUCAUGAUGCAAUCAAGGAUUUUAUCUGGUUUUGGAGUGAUGGAUCAAAGUUUGAGUUCAGUGACUGGCAAACUGGUGAACCAAAUAAUGGAAUGCGAAAAGAUGAAAAUUGUGUGGAAAUGGGCUAUGGAGAUGGGAACCGCUGGAAUGACGCACACUGCGGUACUGUUCUCAGUUUCAUCUGUUACAGAAAAGCUCAAUAGAACUGUGUUCUAAUCCUAAUUUUGUUUGAUAAACAAAUAUCUCGUCUGUCCAUCACCAAUUUCUAAUGUCUCCAAAUCGCUGAUUGUAACAGACAUGCUUUAAUUUUGAAUUUUAAUGUCAAUCUUUGCAAAACUAAAAUAAAAAAUAAAAAUAACCUUUAAACUACAAA